AUCGCAUCUUAUUUUUCAUUCCACUUCUAAAACCAUGGGGAAGAAAAGCAUUUCCAAACACUCUCGUGCUGCCCGAAGAGGAGAGGCCGAAUCACAUGAAGCUAAAGAGCUUCAAAAAGUAGCCAAACAAGAAUCCGAAGUUAAGAAAUCUAUUAUCAGAAAUUCGAUUCUAUCAGAAAACUUACUAGCCAAAAAGCUUGAGAGUAAGAGGAAUAAGAAGAACAAGGUAGCAAAGAAUGUUGCCGGUUCUCGUGCCCGGACGCUGAAUAUGAACGGGAUUUUAAGUGCCAAGAUCCAAAACAGUGUUGCCCGUUAUAACUUCAUCAAGACGAAUAGAAAGAGUGGAUGGGACAAGAUCAAUGACGAUAUCAGAAGAUCUAGUAAUGUGACAGAAAAUACAAGCACACUGAAGAGUGUGAACCAGCAAGAAGAAGAAGACGAGUAUGUCAAACAGUUUUUUGAAGGCAGUGGUGUUAACAUUGCGGAUGAAACCAAAGCAACGCCAAACCCAAGAUCCAAUAUGUUUGCUCUUUUAGAAGAGAACGAUGUUUGAGGGAAGGUGGACUCAGAGCCGCCACCGUGCUCAUACGAAGCUUAAGACGAGGUCAUCGAAUCUCCCAUUUUGUUAAAGCAUUAUCACAUAGUUGCAGCAGCAAGCAAGCAGAUUGCAAAAAACAAACUCACUAUUUCACUUCACGAUUUUGACUAGGGCCCACGGUAUAAAUAAAUAAACGCAUCGUACAGCUCUCUCCAACCGGUUUGUGAGCCACGCCACAGUAUCAAGUGGAAAUUAGACUAAUCAUAAAAAGUGGGAACCAGCUAUUAGACAACACUUGUAACCACUUCAAUCUCUCCCCCUAUUUGGCUACAGUUCCUGCCCUCGCUCGUAUGAUUGAUCGUGCACCAGUAUAACAAUUAGUUCUUGCAA